GGGGGGCCUCUUCGGCAUCCAGGUCACCGAGCCUUGACUGCAGGUCGGUUCCCGCGAUGGGAUUCCAUUUUGCGUUGCGCGCCAUCCUGUCCUGGUUGACACUACGAUGAAGAUACGUGCGACUAUCCUCCUUCUUUGACUUCGUACGCCGCCGGAAUCAUAAUGCUCAGGUCGAAUGCCUGCUCGGCCAUCCGGAACGUGCCCCUAUUCAACACUGUGCUCUGUGCCUCAAGCUUCUGCGUGUAGCGUUUUUCUUCUGCCCUAGCUCGCCCGGUCUUGAAGGUUUCCUCCUCCAGAUAUCUGGCGAAUUGGACGCAAUGGACGCAAUCUGCAAAGGGGCGAGGAAGAAAGCUCACGAGGCACGCCUCUACCCCGGUUCACCAUAAGCCUGCGUCUUGCACAAGAGUUAAGCAUCUCGUUGAUUUGUCUGCCGUAGCCCUCCAGCAUCUCCACCAAGCGUGAGGCGAUGAUCUGAUCGUCUACCGCAUUCGUCUCCGCCAUGGACAAAGCUGUUGGUCACGGCGGCUUAGUCGUGGAGUGCAUCAAGGCUGAACAUCCAACCCCAUCCUGGCACGUCCGGUGGGCGAAAUGGCGGCGACUUUGGCGAGGCUGUUCUCAAAAGCUCCCUCCUUAACCCACCGCCGUUCAAGGAUACUCCGCGAUUCACAUUCGACCGGGUAAAGCUUAUUCAGCCGCAUCGCAGCGGUGCACUAGCCGACGACAGAGCGGAGCCUUGAAGUUCACCGCCGCGAAGGCGGCCAGAGAUGCCGCAUUGCACGUGAUGAGACGGGCGCCCCUGUGGCAAGUUAAGGUCGUCUAACAGGCCCGGCGUCGCAAGCCCGGGACACAUCGUACAGGGCUUCCAAGGACCCUUCAUUUGCGCAUGGGCGAGAUCGCCGUCGCUGUGCCCGACCUGCUCGGCCGCUGCACGGCUGCCGAGCGCUUUCCUCAACAGAAUUCCGUCCACGCGGCAAAAGGUUGAUCGCGCGUUCCGCCCGCCCGCCGCGUCGUCGCCUUGUGUCAGAGAUGCCGUGUAGCGGAGUGCACGUCGUGCCUCGCGUGCCGGCCCUCGAGCCGCUCUCUGCCACACGAGGCUGCGCGUGUCCCGUAAGCCGUCGCGACAUCCGCGCCUGGUCGCGAUGUUACCCGCAGAGCCCCGUAGCCGAUCUUUACCGAUGCGCUGCCUUAGAGUACGAUUCGUCCUGGCCGCCCAACGUGAUCACAACCAUCGGUGUAGUCGUGGCGUUAGUGCGGGAGUUCUUUCAAUAGAGCAGUGGCCGUUCUGGAGACGUGUUGGUAGAAGCAGAGACAAGCGGACGCAAGCAAAGCCAUCAAUGAGAACGGCAGCACGGCUAGGAUCGGAGCGUAAACUUUUUUUUUGCUUCAUUCUUUCUAUACUUCGGCGACCAGCGUUCGAGCCCCAGCACAAUGUCCACACUUGUGGCUGCUUUUCUGCAUCUUUCUCGUUGCUCAUAUGGCGCGGCAGCGAAAACGCAAGCUAGGCAGUUUAUCCAGCCCAGUCCUUCACGCAGCGCGCUGAGACACCCCUCAUACGAAAAGUUUCAGUUCCUGUACGGAGACAUGGCACUUAUUGAAUUCACUCCUCCCUCGCCUCUCUGUCCCCAAUGACUUUGAACUUUUCCUGAUUUAGACUUGGAGAAGCAAACGCACUGAGUUGGGCAUACAAGAAAAUGCAAUGUAAAUGCCCUACAGCUCAGGACAGUCCACAAAGAAUGCCG